GGCCGUGCGUCACGUGGGCCUCUCCCGCCGCCGCCGCCGCUCCGCCGCGGUCUUUCUCUGUCUCAGCUGAGGCAGCCAUCUUGCUCUUGCCGCGUGCUGGUGUUGGAGGACCCUCCCCGCUGCAGAUUUACCAACAGCAUGAAUCAAGAAAAGUUAGCCAAACUUCAAGCUCAGGUCCGGAUAGGGGGCAAGGGGACAGCUCGCAGGAAGAAGAAGGUGGUACAUAGGACAGCUACUGCUGAUGACAAAAAGCUUCAGAGUUCACUAAAGAAACUGGCUGUGAACAAUAUAGCUGGUAUUGAAGAGGUGAACAUGAUUAAAGACGAUGGAACAGUCAUUCAUUUCAACAAUCCCAAAGUCCAAGCUUCCCUCUCCGCUAACACCUUUGCUAUUACCGGUCAUGCAGAAGCCAAACCAAUCACAGAAAUGCUUCCUGGAAUAUUAAGUCAGCUUGGUGCUGACAGCUUAACAAGCCUUAGAAAGUUAGCUGAACAGUUCCCACGACAAGUACUGGACAGUAAAGCACCCAAGCCAGAGGACAUUGAUGACGAGGAUGACGACGUUCCAGAUCUUGUAGAAAAUUUUGAUGAAGCAUCGAAAAAUGAAGCUAACUAAAAUCCUCUGGGUUUUGGAAGCUGGCAUGGACUAGAUUUAACAAUCAGCUCUGUUGUUCCAAAGUUUUACAGACACGGAGAACAUCGCCUGUUAUUAGUUCAGUGCUAUAAAUAUUUUGUAUAUUAAUGAUGCUGUUUGCUCGGCAUCUCGGUCAUUUGAUUUUGCAUUUUGCACUUCUUCCCAGGAUCCAUCUUCCCAGGAUCCAUCUUCCCAGGAUCUAUUCUUUUGGUCAAAAUAUGAAGUAUUGGUACAGUUUGAGGGUGGUUUUUGUUUUUUGGUGGGGGGGGACUUUGGUGUGUAUGUAUAUGUAUGUGUGUGGGUAUGUGUGUACACAGUGAACUGCAGAUUGGAUAACAGUUAUAUCUAUCCUAUUCCUUCCCCCAAUAGAAAUAAAGCAAAUCUUUACAUUU